AUGGUUGCGCUGAGGCGGCCGCGCCGCAGCAGCACCAUCACCACCGAGAUCCUCUGCGCGGCGGAGGGCGCACUCAAGGGUGCAGCUGCCGCCUACGGCGCCGCCGCUGGCGCCGCGCCGCCCGUCACGUUGCUCAACAAGCGUCGCUCCUGGCCCGCGCAGCUCUCCAUCCUGGCACAGCACCACCGCGCCGUCAAUUCCGUGUCCUUCAAUCCCGCCGGCACGCUGCUGGCGUCGGGCUCGGAGGACCGCAGCGUGCGGCUCUGGGACCCACUGACUGGCGAACAAAAGGCGGUGCUGUUUGGCCACGCAGGGCAGGUGCUGGGAGUUGCUUUUUCGCCCAACGGCGCCUACAUCGCCUCCGCAUCCUUGGACUCCACGGUUCGUCUGUGGGACGCAAGUACCGGGGAGGAGAAGGCGGAGCUGGCAGGGCACGUCGAUUGGGUGCGUGACGUGGCUUUUGCCCCCGCUGGUGCCCCCGGCGUGCCGGGCCGCCUGCUGGCCUCUUGCGGAGACGACAAGUCCGUCAAGCUGUGGGACCUUGGGGGGCCGCAGCCGCAGCUCCGGUACACGAUGUUGGGCCACACUGACGUGGUGUCGUCCUUGUGUUGGGCGCCCAACGGCAACCUCAUCGCGUCCGCAUCGUCCGACUUGUCAAUCAGGCUGUGGGACCCCACCACGGGGCCUCCGGAGGUGGAGCUGGCGGGGCACGUGGACAAGGUCCUGUGCGUGAACUUCGCCCCCGACGGCAAGCUGCUGGUCUCGGCGUCUGCGGAUGGGUCGAUGCGGCUAUGGAGUGUGGCGGAGCGGCGCGCCAAGGGCGUGCUGCUGGGCCAUGCGUCCAACGUGGUAGCGGCGGCGUUUGCGCCCGGCGGGCACCUGGUGGCGUCGGCGGCUAGCGACAACACGGUGCGGCUGUGGGACCCACGGGUCGCGACGGAGAGCGGCAGCAUUGAGGAGUCGUACGCGAGUCACAUGGACAUGGUGACGCACAUGGCGUUCAGCCCCAGUGGUCACACGGUGGCGUCAGCGGGGGCGGACUGGACAGUGCGGUUGUGGGACCCUUCAGAUGGCAACCACAGGGCUAUGUUGCAGGGCCACGCGGCGCCGGUCCACGCGCUUGCCUUCUCGCCCAACUCCAAGGUCCUGGCGUCGGGCUCCGCGGACAAAACUGUGAGGCUGUGGCAGCCGCAGCUGGGCGAGCAGCAGGUGCUAAUCCGGGGUCACACU